CUUUCAAAGACACACACAUGCACAAGCACCACCAUAUUUUCAGAUCAUCACCACUGUAAUGGUGUCAAUGAAAAGCUUCGUUCAUAUUCUCCGUCGAUACAUCUCCAUUGCAAUCACUCUCUUCUAUAACCUCAUUUGGUGUUUAUUCGACAAUUUCGAUUACCCGAUCCUAAUCAAGCUCGCUGAUACAUUCUUAUCAUUAUAUUUCCUAAUCUUCUGCGAUCUCCGUCCAAUCACCGUCGAUUUAAACGAUGGAGAAACCACAUUACAUUUCUGGAUCUCCGGCCACCGUAAAAUCAACCGCCCUAACCUCGUCAUGUUACACGGCUACGGAGGAAAUUCGAAAUGGCAGUUCAUUCAUCAAGUCUCAGAUCUAUCGAAAUCGUUUAAUCUCUUUAUCCCUGAUCUUGUGUUCUUCGGGAAAUCGUACUCGAGAAACACCGAUCGGACUAUCGAGUUUCAGGCGAGGAGUAUCGUCGGAGGUUUGAAGAGGUUAGGUUGUGGUGACGGAGAUUUAUCGGUUUAUUCAAUUAGUUACGGUGGAUUUGUUGCGUACCGGAUAGCGAAGAUUUGGCCGGAGAUGAUUGAGAAAUUGGUGAUUGUGAGUAGUGGAGUUGGGUUUACACAACAGCAAAAGAUGACGGAGAUGAAAAAACACGGCGGAGAUGUAUCGGAGAUUCUUGUUCCGAGUAAUCCGAGAGAUCUACGGUUGUUAGUUAAGGUUUCGAUGAAUACAGGUAUCAGAUUUCUUGACUGGGUUCCAGAUUUCAUCCUCUCCCAAUUCAUCGCUGUGAUGUAUGAGACAAAUCGGCAAGAGCUUGUUGAUUUAGCUAAGAAUUUGCUGGAAAGAGAAGAGGAGCCAGAGUUAUUUUCAAUAUCACAGAGAACGUUAAUCGUUUGGGGUGAUAAGGAUAAUGUGUUUCCGUUGGAGCAUGGACGUCGUCUACAAAGGCAUUUGCCGAAUUCGAGUUUAGAGGUAUUGAAGGAAAUUGGACAUGGUGUGAACAUUGAAGCACCAACUACUCUUAACAAUUUGAUUAUCUCGUUUGUUUUAGGUGUUCCUUAAUUUAUAUUGUUAAAUAUCUUUUACGGUAGUAAAUAUAUAUAUACUGUUUAUAUGGUCAUGUUUUC